AUGUGGCAUGCACCUCAUGAUCUACAUCACAGCCAGAUUGACUACAUCAUGGUGCACAACCGAUUUCAUUCUGGUAUUAACAGAAGGAAAGCAAGGAGCUUCCCCAGUGCUGAUAAGGGAACUGAUCACGACUUUGUGCUGCUAAAUUUUUGGCUCUUGCUAAGGGAAAUCAUCAGGCCAAAGUUCACCAGAACCAAGUUUGACUUAGAAAGACUCAGAGACCAAAACAUUGCAGAGUCAUUCCAAUCAGUGAUCAGCGGAAAAUUUGCCCCACUGCUUGCUCUAGAGGAAGAUGUAGAAACAAUGACCAACAAUUUCAAUGCUGUAACGAAUGAGGCAGCAAUGGACAUCCUUGGGAAACAUCCUUCUAUUAUGGCACCUAGUGAUCUGCACGUUGCUAAGCAUGACUUUGGAGUUAUUCUAUCCUGGAACAGUAACAUUACAGAAGAAAUGAUGACAUAUUAUGUGAAGUAUGUUUUGAUUUAUAAGUUCGAUACAGCUCAGGAAAAAGAAGAAAGACUUGAAGAAAAGGAAAAGAUGAUAAGACUUGGGUUACACUCUGGUUUCCAUGCUAAAGUUAAAACACAGCUUCUUUCAAAAGAAACAGAAGACCUUAUAAAGGAGAGUAACUGGACUGAAUUUACUUACAAGGCACCUCCAGUAUAUAUCCAAAAUUUCUCAUGCAUCAUAUAUAACAUUUCCAAUUUAAAUUGUACCUGGGACAUUAAAACAGAAGCUCCUGAGGAUGCUCAGUAUUUUCUUUCCUACAGGCACAGUAGAGAAGAGUUCCAAUGCCAACUAUAUUUAACAAAUGCAAAGAACAAAAACAUUGGAUGUCACAUGAAAGAAGUAUAUUUUAAUCACACUAAUACUAAUAAAAUCAGAUUUAAUAUAACGGUAAAGGAACUAAGCAACAGUUCAGAAAACCAUUCCUAUUACAAAAAAUUUACACCUCAAAGACUAGAGAAACUGAACCCUCCAAUCAAUGUGUCUAUAUCACUUGAAAAGAGAAGCAUUAAAAUUAACUGGAAACCACCACCUACUAUUGGUUCAGCAAACAAAAAUUGCUUUACAUACCAAGUGAAAAUUACAGAUCUAGAGCUCGUAGAUGUUUCUGAAGAGGAAUAUGUGCAUCCAAUUCAUGAUCCUGCAAAACAAUAUGUUAUUCAAGUCAGAGCAAAGAAAACAACAUGUAUACAUAACAAGAUUUGGAGUGAAUGGAGUGAACCAGUUUUUAUUAAUAAUGAAUAUAAGGAUAAUAAAAUGAACACCUGGAAGCUGCUCAUACCAAUUUUGUUUUCCUCCAUGAUCUUCACUGGAGGAUUGCUGAUAUUUCUUCAUAGAAGGUAUAAAUGCUUUGAUCCUAUACUCACACCUAUCCCACACCCUUCAGACAGAAUCAGAAUCUGGUUAGCUUCUGAUGCUGCUCCGUGUCAGCAGGAGUAUGGCCUGGUUCCCCAAAUUUCUGACAUGCUGGUUAUCAGUGAUCUGAGCACACCUGUCACAGAACUAAGUUUCAACACAAGUGAAGUGAACAUGCACUCCGAGAUCAUGUUGGUCCCUCUGGAAAAGAACCAACACAAGGGGAUUAACUAAUGAAGAUUCUUAAGCAUCUGGAAAACAGCCUACAUGUACUAGCAUAUGUAUCCUGAGGGAUGACAAUCCUCAUUGCUGUGUGAGUGGGUUAUCUUUUCUGUGCUGAAUUAUCUUGUGGAGAUACUCCAGCUGAAUCCAAAUAGGCCUGAGCCAAGAACCAGUCUGAGCCCAGCAAUUUGACAGAUCUCAAAAAGGUUUUACUAGGGACAUUAUGAGAUUCCUGAAAUGUGUAUUUGGGUCUCAAGAGCAGACACCAGAGACAGCUUGCAGUUUGUCUUUUACUACUACUACUACUCUUAACCACAGCACUAUUAUAGCUAAAGCCUAUUCAUGAGAUGGUUUUUGGAUGCAAAUUAAACUGGGAUUUGGGAUUAGAGUCGAAGGUCAAAUCAAGGAUAGUGUUUGGGUUUUCAUUUCAUAGCACUGUUAUCACAUGAGAUUGUGGUCAGAAGAACAAGAUCAGCUGUUUUUACAAGAUCAAUGGAUUGUUGUUAAAUACCUGACUGAUUUAUGGGCAAGCUGAAUUGUGGGCGAUGACUGUUUUUCAUAACAUUCCUAGAGGUAACGGCUCCUAAAGGCUGUAUAGAACUUUGAGACAUGUAUAAUCUGAAAAUAUUGUAUCAUAUUGUUGAUAAGCAGACAUCAGCAAAGAAAUAAUAGUCUUGUAUAAAGAUGUAAGAUCUUUAAUGCUAAUGAAGAGAUGGGUUUUGGACAUUGUAACGGGGUGGCCUGCCCCUUUAGGAGCCAAAGACCUGGAGCUGGCCAGUCCCAGCUAGUUAGUUUAUGGGCCACACAUGAGAGAGGGGAAAAAAUGGAGUUCUACCAAGCCUAUCUAUAAAAGAGCAGCAGGAAGCCAUGAGGUCAGAGAGACUCGGAACAAACAAAAAGUUGGGACUUCAAAGCUCUCCAGGCAGGGAGAGACCCUGAGCAAGCAGGAGAAGGAAUGCAGGGCUCUCCAGGCAGGGGAGAAGCCUGAGGCCUUACAGCAGAAGAAUCUGUUGCUGGAAUCCGGAAACUUUUGUGUGGGGACUCUUAUGUUUUGUCUGGACUCAGAGGGUAGAGCCUUUAACUCAUUUCAACUGUUCCUUUCAGAUUACUUUAUUAAAUAGAGGUACGCUGACAUUAAUUAGAGAGUUUGGCUUCUUUUUGAUGGGGCUGUUAAAGUGACCUCAUUGUUACCUCAUCAAAAGGGCAAACCGAGGCAGGCUGCAGCAGAGACUUAUGAAAGCAGGGUCUGAAUGAGCUUUCCACUGACAGCUAGCUGGAGAGGGGAAAGGACUUCAGGAGCAGACUGUAUUUACAUGAACAUAUCCACUCCGCCUAAGUAUCCAGCGGACAGGAGUUAUGUAGCUUCAAAUGAUCAACUUUGGCUGGUGUUGGGUUACAAAUCACUUUAGUACUUAAUUCAGGGGUAGUGAAAUGUUGUUAUCAAUGUUGUUAUCGUUAUUGUAUGAGUAAAGGACAGCAGAACUGUGCUAAGCCUGUCCUGAUUGAGGGGUCACUCUCAACUGAAACAAACUCACUAAGUCAGGGGCUCGAAUGCCAGACUAGUGUGAAAGUAGGAGGGGGUGGGGAUAGGUGUCCCUGCCAGAAGGUGUGGACUCUAUUUCAAAGCCCCAGGCACAGUUUAAUCUGCCCCUCCCCACUGUUCAACAAUAGAGCUAAGUAAGGCUCCAUUAGGAGUCUUUUGUUUUGUUAAAUGAUCACUAGAGCUUAAAUCACUUGUUGUGGGACAGCAUUUCUGCCAGCUUGCUUCAGCAGCCAAGCUCCCCCAUUAAGAGAUGACACUCAUUGAGGCGAACCUCAAGAGACUGACCCACAGAGAUCACAACAGAGAAGUAGGUGGCAGCAGAAGGUGACUGUGUGUAGUUCAGCAGCUGGCAAGGUGUUCAGUGGAGUAGAACGGCGUCUUGCAGGAAGGUGGCCGGCAGAGCAGUGACUGGUGGAGUGGAAUGGCAGCUGGUGGGGCAGCUGGCGGAGCGACAGCCGGCCAGUGAAGUGGCGGCUGGUGGAGCAGCCAGCAUUACACAGAGUGGCUGGCGGGGCGGCCAGUGGAGCAGUGGUUGGCCGGCAGGGCAGUGAAACCAGAGCAAAUGCUCAGACAGUGGAACAAGCAAGGUGCCUUUCACCCCUCACCCCCGGUGGGAGGUGACCUCACACAGAUGCACCUCUUUACUCUGGGUCCACACUGAUCAAGGACAACCAUUAUGAGUGGGGUGUCAUGAGGGAACAGAGAGGGGCAUGGAAAGGGAACUUUUGGUUGUAGAACUUAAGAACCUGUGACAGAAGACACUGCCCCACGCACUCUGGGGUGGAUGUUUUGCUCACAGAUUUAUGUUUAUUAAUCCUCCUUGUGGCAUGUUCCCUAAUUAUUGUCGGGUGUCUUCCCUCCUUUCAUUAAAAGUUUAUCUUCUAUACUCAUGCUCUGUGCUUGUGUGUGGGGAAGUAUUGCCUCUUAGAGGCACCGAGGGAUGGUGUGUACUUGUACCAGGUUACUGGGUGGGGGCUCCAGCCAUUUCUGUGUUGUACUGUUGAAAAGGAACCCAUAGAUAUUGAACCCGGCACUGGUUGCUGCCAACUCCACCUGGCAGAAGAGUUAUAUUUACUUAACCAGAAAGGGGCACUACAGAACAGGCAUAUCCUUUUACAGACAUCUGUAAGCAAAGUCUGAAUGAACUAUGACCUGACAACUAGUUCAGGACGGGGAGAGACUUCAGGAACAAACUGUAUUUACAUGAACACACCUACUCUGUGUAGGUAUCUAGAAGACAGGAGUUGUGUAGCUCUGAAUGAUCACCUUUGGCUGGUGUUGGGUUACAAAUCAUUUUAGCACUGAAUGCAGGGGUAGUGAAAUGUUGUUAUCUUCAUUGUAUGACUAAAGGGGAGCAGAACUGUGCUAAAUUUGUCCUGACUGAGUGGUCACCCUCAGCUGAAAGGACCUCACUAAGCCAGGGGCUUGAAUGUCAGACCUCUGGAAAAGUAAAAGGGGCAGGAACAGGUAUCCCAACUAGGAGGAGUGGAGAGUCCCCAGUCUGGUUUAAUCUGUUCUUUCCUACUGUUCAAAGACACAGCUGAAUAGGCUUCAUUAGGAGCCUUUUGUUAUAUUAACAAGCUCAGAUGAGAGCUGAAACAACUUAUGGUGGGGCAGUGUUUCUUCACAGCCUGCAAAGAGCUGAAAAUCACUAAGAGACUGAUGUUCAGAGGUCACAACAGAGAGGCAGGUGGCAGCAGAAGGUGACUGACAGUCAGCUGGCAAGGUGGCGAGCUGAAGAAGCGGCUGGCUAGGCCGCCAGCAGUGAGGAACAAUGGCUGGCAGGGCAGCCAACCAGAGCAAGUGCUCAGAUGGUGGAGUAAGCAAGGUGCCUUCUUCCCCGGGUGGGAGGUGAACUCACACAGAUGCACCUCUGAACCCUGGGUUCUUACGGAGUAAGUGGGGCAUGGUGAGGGAGCAGAGGGGCACAGAAAAG